UCUUCUUCUCUUCUUCUUCUUCUCGUCUCAUCUUGAUAGAUCAAAUCUGUCACAUUAAUACGAUUUCAUGGUAUCAAAGCUAUCGGCAACUGGUUAAGCUGGUUGAAAGAAUCGAUCCGCACGUUUGAUCGAAAGUUGUUUAAGUUUGGUGAGAAGGAAUUGAGAAUUCUUUGUAAGCUUCAAUGGCGGUGGAAGAAGAUCAAUCUACACAGCCACAACCAUCUGAAUCUGGUCAGAAGACUGGGAUUGACUAUAAUCAUCCACUGUUUCUUUCCCCUGCUGAUGUAAGUGGUACACAAAUCAUUUCGUUUCAAUUAACGGGAGUUGAAAAUUACUCAAUUUGGUAUAGGUCAAUGAGAGUAGCUUUACUGGGAAGGAACAAAUUGGGAAUGGUGGAUGGUUCGUGUAAGAAAGAAGUGUUUCCAGAACAAAUGUGGAGUCACUGGGAAAGAGUGAAUGAUGUGGUAUUGUCUUGGCUGAUGAAUUCUGUGGAAAAAGGAUUGCUAGGAGGUAUAAUGUAUGCCUCUCAUGCUCAAGAAGUAUGGGAUGAUCUGUAUGAAAGAUUCAACAAGAUUGAUGGUUCAAGAACUUUCAAUCUUCACAAGGAAAUUGCUACAUUGAGUCAAGGUACUGCUUCAGUUUCUGCAUAUUUCUCUAAACUAAAAAGUUUGUGGGAAGAAUUUGAAGCUCUUGUUCCAAGUCCCAGUUGUAAUUGUGAAAAAUCAAAGGAGUUUGUAGUGCACUUGCAGAAGUUAAAAUUGUUCCAGUUCCUUAUGGGACUGAACGACUCUUAUAAUCAAGCAAGAAGUCAGAUCUUGCUCAUGAGUCCUAUGCCAUCAGUGAAUCAGGCGUAUGGAAUGGUAAUUAGUGAUGAAGGACAAAAAUAUGUAGCUGCUAACUCUGGAAUUCUAGGGGCAAGUCCUGCAUCAAGUGGUAGUAAUAUGGAUAUGGCUAUGUUUACAAGAAAUGGCUCUACAAGAUACAAGAAGAAUUACAUUGUGCAGUGUGAAUUCUGUAAAAUGAAAGGACAUACUAAGGAAGUGUGUUACAAAUUAGUAGGAUAUCCCUCAGACUUUAACAAAUUCAGAAAGAAAGGGGCACAGGCAGGAGGUAGUGGUUAUCACCCAAAUGCAGGGGCUCAUAAUGUGGUUACCGGUCAGUUGCAGGAUUCUGAACAAUAUGAUAUGAUGGGUGAUCCUUUUGAGAAUAUGGCUGACGGAAAUAAGGCAGAUUACAAAGGCAAAAGAGUGGAAUACAAGGCUGAGUCUUCUUCACAGAAUAGAGAGUCUGAAAUGGGGUUGUAUCCUUUUACCAUGGAGCAAUAUAGUCAGAUUGUGAGUCUAUUGAAGAACAUGAAUGACAACAACACUUCUGCAAACUCCUCAGCAAACUUAGCAGGAUCUCUCCAAUGGAAUGGUGAGGGAGAUUGGUAGAGAAGAGAAUGGGUUGUAUAUUCUAACUGGAAGUACAAAGGUGCAGCAGCCUCAGCCUCAGCCUCAAAAUAGUGGAUGUGUUCUUGCUGUGAAAGAUGGUCAUUCUGAUCAGAUGCCUACAGAUGUGGAGUUGUGGCACAAACGACUAGGGCAUGCGUCUAUAAUGUCUCUAAACAAGCUUAUAGUAGUAAAAUCUGAAUGUAUAGCAAAUACUUUGAAUAAGUGUACUGUAUGCCCUCAUGCAAAACAAGUUAGAAGUUCAUUUCCUACAAGUAGUAUCCAAACUUCAGCAUGCUUUGAUACCAUGAAAUCGUAUUAAUGUGACAGAUCUGAUCUAUCAAGAUGAGACGAGAAGAAGAAGAAGAAGAGAAGAAG